UCUCUGCUAAAACAAUUCAGAAAAAAAUCCCAAACGCACACAACUCAAUAGGAAAGCUCCUCAAAAACCCUAAAACCCAAAUCUCUCCAUCUUCUUCCAUCUCUCUCUCUCUCUCGUUGAUUCUGCUCUUGCCUGGUAUUCAGAUUCAGUCUUAUAACUGUGUUUCGUAAGACAAAUUGGAAGUGAAGAUGUCGGGAGCAUUGAAUAUGACUCUUGAUGAGAUUGUUAAGAAGGGUAAGAAUGCAAGGUCUGGGGGAAGAAGAAGUUCCCGUGGACGUGGUGGUGGUGGUGGUGGUGGCCGAGGUGGUAGUGGUGGCCGAGGUGGUGGAUCGAAUGGUUUUCUUGGUGGUGGAAGAGGAGCAGGGCCUGCUCGACGAGGUCCUUUAGCUGUGAAUGCUCGUCCAUCGUCUUUCUCCAUUAACAAGCCUGUCCGUAGGGUCAGGAGCUUGCCAUGGCAAAACGGUUUAUUUGAAGAUGGCCUAAGAGCUGCUGGGGUAUCAGGAGUUGAAGCUGGAACCAGGCUCCAUGUUACAAAUCUGGAUCAGGGUGUGACAAAUGAAGAUAUAAGGGAACUCUUCUCUGAGAUUGGGGAGCUAGAGCGUUAUGCCAUUCAUUAUGACAAAAAUGGGCGUCCAAGUGGCACAGCUGAAGUGGUAUAUCCAAGAAGAAGUGAUGCAUUUCAAGCUCUGAAGAAAUACAACAAUGUAUUAUUGGAUGGAAGACCAAUGAGACUUGAGAUUUUGGGUGGCAACACUACUGAUGCGCCUUUAUCAGGUCGUGUGAAUGUGAAUGUCACUGGACUCAACGGAAGGCUGAAGAGGACUGUUGUUAUCCAACAAGGAGGAGGGAGAGGAAGAGUAAGAGGAGGGAGAGGAGGAAGAGGUCCUGCUCCUACUAUCAAUCGUCGCCUUCCAGUUCAAAACCAGCAGGGAGGGACGAGAGGAGGAAGAGGCGGGUUCCGUGGUAAAGGUCGUGGUGGUGGUGGCCGCGGCCGUGGUGGUGGAAGAGGAAAUGGAAAGAAACUAGUGGAGAAAUCAGCUGCUGAUCUUGACAAGGAUCUUGAGAGCUAUCAUGCAGAUGCCAUGAACACCUCUUAAACCUUAGAAAGGAAUCAGUGUUGUCUUACUAACUAGUUUCGAAUGAUACAUUGCUUCUCUUUUUUCAUGCCUUUCGUUUCUAGUGAUAUUGUGGUUUUGUUUGAGUUGAUUGUGUAAAGUAUGAAAGUUGUUUAGAUCUUGUCGUC